AUAUGCCACAUGAAUCCCAUCACCACGGUGCCCUACGGCUGCCGAGCUAUGGUGGAGCGGUGGUACUUCGAUUUAAAGGAUCGUGUAUGCCGCAGUUAUGUCACCUGCCCCGCCUACGGCAACAACUUCCCCGAUGAGGAUACCUGCAUUUCCGCCUGUAAACCAUCUCACAUUAUGGGUGAGUAUGGCACUCCUUGCUUGCAGUCAACUGCACUACAUAUUGUCGCUUCUAAAUAUGUCAUAUAA